CAUGCAUUCCGACCCCCGCAGGGCUAGCUCACAAAGCCCAGCCCACAUGCCUGCCUAAAGCCUUGCUCAGCCUGGCCCUCUCCCAGUGCCGCCGAGACUGAGUAGACAGCUUCAACUCCUGCGCCGAGGGAGAGCAGCGGCCAUGUCUGACUUGGAAGAGGUGGUGGAGGAGUACGAGGAGGAGCAGGAAGCAGAGGCAGCCGUGGGAGAAGAGGAGGACUGGAGAGAGGACGAAGACGAACAGGAGGAGGUAGCAGAGGAAGAGGGUGAGGAUGAGACAGAGGAGGCCAAGGGUAAGGCCCCAGAAGAUGGAGAGGAAGAGGACGAUAAGGAAACUGAAGAUGGCCCCGUGGAGGAGUCUAAACCCAAGCCCAGGCCCUUCAUGCCCAACCUGGUGCCGCCCAAGAUCCCCGAUGGCGAGAGAGUGGACUUUGACGACAUCCACCGCAAGCGCAUGGAGAAGGACCUGAACGAGCUGCAGACGCUGAUCGAAGCACACUUUGAGAACCGCAAGAAGGAGGAAGAGGAGCUCAUCUCUCUUAAAGACAGGAUCGAGAAGCGGCGAGCGGAGCGGGCUGAGCAGCAGCGCAUCCGCACGGAGCGUGAGAAGGAGCGGCAGAACCGCCUGGCUGAAGAGCGUGCCCGGCGAGAAGAGGAGGAGAACAGGAGGAAGGCAGAGGACGAGGCCCGGAAGAAGAAGGCUUUGUCCAACAUGAUGCACUUCGGCGGUUAUAUCCAGAAGCAGGCCCAGACAGAGCGCAAAACUGGGAAGAGGCAGACAGAGCGGGAAAAGAAGAAGAAAAUUCUGGCGGAAAGGAGGAAGGUGCUGGCCAUUGACCACCUGAAUGAAGACCAGCUGAGGGAGAAGGCUAAGGAGCUGUGGCAGAGCAUCUAUAACCUGGAGGCAGAGAAGUUCGACCUGCAGGAGAAGUUCAAGCAGCAGAAAUACGAGAUCAACGUCCUCCGCAACAGGAUCAAUGAUAACCAGAAAGUCUCCAAGACUCGCGGGAAGGCCAAAGUCACCGGACGCUGGAAGUAGAGACUGAGCCACCUCCAUCAGAGAUCAGCUGCCCACCUGCUUGUGUCCUCGCCCUGUCUGCCCCAGCCGCUGUGCCCUCCUGGGCACCCGAGGCCCGCUGCUAUCUGGAGCCCAGAAGCUGGCCCAGCUAGAGGUGCACACUCCCGCCUGCCCCUGCUCACACCAUGCAGUAAUAAAGAGGCAUUUUGCAUGG